AUGAGUGGGUUCUCCAAAAUCCUGCCAUCAGUGCAAAAGUUCCGAGCUGCGAUCCAAAGAGGGAGAAAGAUCGGCGCGAAGGACAGGGAUCGAUCCCAACGGGACAUACCGGGGUCCUCGUCUGAGCUUGGUCCUUUGCCGCCGUGGGGCCUCCCCGUCGAAAUCCAAAUCUUAAUCUUCGCGCAUUGCGGGACCGCCGAUUUUCUCCCUCUAAAGCUAGUCUGCAAGAGCUUCUACAAGGUCUUGACCUCCCACGAACAUGCCAUCGUUCGCCUAUACCUUCGCCGACACCGACACGGCAGCCUCCCCUCCCCAAUCGACAGCGACCGUACCUACACUCGGAAUCCGGAAGAUGACGUGGUCCUCCUGUCCGACCUGUUUCCCCCCUCCAAAAGCGCUCGAGGUGGUCACCUUUAUACAUAUAGAUACCUGUUGAGCUUGCGACAGCGACAGAGGCUUUGCUCGAGAUUAUGUUAUUACCUCGCAGAUAGGGUGAUGGAACGAUUUGAACAAGCAGAGCCCAAGUUCGACGAAGCUUCUUUCCCAAUGAAAAAGAACGAACGGACAGCACUGGUGAAGCGAGGCAAAAGUAGCCUGUGGUUUCAUCUUGCGCCCUUGAUGUAUUACACAUUAUAUUACCUCGAAGCCUACUCCUCGGCCCGUCGCGAACACACCAACACACUUCUCCGAGAGCACGAAGCCGGCAAUCUCUCCGUCCCAGUACCAUUUCACAUGCGUCAAAGAAUGUACCGGGAACUUCAGACUCGAAUCCUUCGCGAACCCCCAUUUAACAAUACUGCGGCACUUGUAGCCACCCACCACUGCAUGCAUUUGCUGGUGUCAUACAUCCGAUACACCAUGGAGUCUGAAGGGGAACCAGACGACUCUUGGAUUAGCUCCCUCCUCACAUUAUCACCAUUUGUCCGAAUUGUCGAGUUCUUCUCCGCCGAGAUUGGCGAUGGGCGAAACCAGCGCAUGCAGCGUAAGGACUUCAUGUACAAUUUCUACCAUGACAUGAAAGCACACGAAAAAGACCAUAUGAACUCAGUGGUUUGGGGUCGAGCAUCUGACCGGAGCGUCCAAAACCCGCAUAGCUCAGUGCAAGACCUUUGGUUUGAUGCCGCCAAGGCAGAAUUGGCGUCUCGUGGCGCGAUUCCUCACGACAUAGAAAAAGCCUGGCACUGGAACGGGAUCCCUAUCCUCUUUGGUUGCCGAGAUUGUCAUCGCACAUCGGGAUGGCGAGCAUGA